AUGCAAAUGAAGUUCGAACAUUUUGGUUGAGGGAUUUAUAAAUCUACGCAUUCAUAAAGGCACUUAUGAACUGUAGCUGGCUCCCUUAAAAGACUUCAAGAGAUGGGUUAUGAUGUAGGAAGAUUUCAAGGAGAAGUCGAUGAAGAGUUAAUGUGUUCGAUUUGUGGGGGUGUUUUGGAGGACCCGUUACAAGCGCCGUCUUGUGAACAUGCUUUUUGUGCUUCUUGUAUUCAUGAGUGGUUAAAUCAUCAGCAAAGCUGUCCCAUAGACAGACGUAAUCUCACACCAUUGCAGCUGAAACAAGUGCCUAGAAUUCUAAAAAAUCUGCUAUCAAAACUACUGAUUUCUUGUGACAAUAAUAACUUUGGAUGUGAUGCCAUUGUAAGACUUGACUCUUUAAAUUCCCAUUUGUCCCAGUGCCAGCACAAUCCCAAACGACCCAUUCAGUGCGAAAAAGGUUGUGGUUUAGUUGUGCCAUUUGAUGAACUCCUUCAUCAUAAUUGUGUGCGAGAGCUUAAUGUCAUCAUUCAAAAUCAAAACCUUAAACUAGUAGAAGUUCAGUCUCAAAUAGAUGAUCAGCGGCAACAGCUCAAUGAACAAAAAAGAGAAAUACAAGCUCUAAAAGAUAUGAUGAGGGCAGUUAGAGUGCUUAAUAUCCCUCAAGCACUUCCACCAGUUCCUGAUGAUCAUGUCAAUCAACCAGCCUUAGUGCAUCAAAGUGAUGAACUGCGUGAAUGGAUCUUAAGCUURCCACAAGCGAGGGUAACAAGAUGGGGUGGGAUGAUAUCCACUCCAGAUGCUGUUCUUCAGGCUGUCAUCAGAAGAGCACUGUCAGAUAGUGGCUGUCCAGCAACAGUUAUAAGUGAGUUAAUGGAAAAUGCUCAUGAACGUCGAUGGCCUCCAGGACUGAGUACCCUUGAAACUAGACAAAUCAAUAGAAGGCGCUAUGAACAAUACAUUUGCAGGCGCAUAGCAGGCAAGCAGGCAGUGAUUAUUAUGUCUUGUGAAAAUGAGCAUAUGGGUGAAGCUUUAACUUUGGAUCCUGGAAUUGUCAUGAUUUUUGCACAUGGGAUAGAAUAAAGGGGGUAUAUAAAAUAAUAUAAAACUUUUCAAAACUACUGGUUUUUCUAGCACAGUUUCUUGGUUCUUUAUUUCUGCAUUGUUGCAAUUAAACUGUUUUGGAUUAUGAGAAAAUAAACAUCCUGAUUAGCAAAAUUAUGUUCUUACUUAAUGAUUAUUGUUCAAAGAAUAUUAUACUGUUUCUGGUUUCUGGUUGUAUUUGUACAUAAUUACUGCAUGGCAUAUAAGUUAUUCUGUGUACCGUGUGAYAAUUGAACGAUAGUAAAAAUUUUAA